AAGCGUGAUGUGUUCAAAAAGAUCAUCAACUACAUCACGAUCGGCAUCGAUAUGUCCAGCUUAUUCAUGCAGGUCAUGACGUGCGCAGUGUCGAGUGGGGAGGAUAUUGUGCUUAAGAAGAUGUUGUACUUGUAUAUAUGCACAUACGCCCAGUCCAACCCUGACCUCACACUGCUCACCAUUAACCUCCUCACUAAGGACUGCAAAGACCAGGAUCCCACUAUCCGCGGUCUUGCUUUGCGCUCUCUGUGUCAACUGAGGGUGGCGAAUCUGGUGGAGUACAUUAUGUCCCCGAUCCAGCAAGGUCUGCAAGAUGCACACCCCUACGUCAGACGUACUGCAGUCAUGGGAGUGCUGAAGGUGUACCAUCUGGACAAAGCAGCGGUCCUCAAUGCAGGUAUGCUGGACACCUUGCAAGACAUCAUGGUGCAGGACAAAGACGCCCAGGUUGUGGCAAAUUGCAUGUCCGUCCUGAAACAGGCUGGCGCAGCACAGAAGUUGGUGUCACGCUCGCUCGUCAUCCCAUUGCUGAAUCGCAUCAAGGAGUUCUCAGAGUGGGCGCAGUGCCAGGUGCUAGAGGCUGUCAGCGCUUACAAACCGAGCAAUGAGCAGGAGGUGUACGAUAUCAUGAACGUCCUGGACGACAGGCUGCUGCACUCCAAUUCAGCUGUGGUCAUGGCCACUGUCAAGCUGUUCCUGCACCUCACCCUCUCCAUGCCCCCCACUCACCAGCAGGUCCUGGAGAGGAUAAAGGACCCGCUGCAGACUCUCAUCUCACGGGAUCACUUUGAGACGGCAUAUGCAGUGCUUGCCCACUUCUUGCUCAUUGCACAGCGCGCCCCUGUCCUCUUCUCGCAGAUCUACACAACAUUCUUCUGCCGCCAGAAUGAGCCCAGCUACAUCAAGACGCUCAAGCUUGAGAUAUUGACAGCCCUGGCGGACGAGACAAACGCAUACGAGAUCGCCACCGAGCUCACGGAGUAUGUCAAUGACAUAGACGAGCAGCUGGCUCGAGAAGCUGUCAAGGCCGUGGGGCGCAUUGCAAUAGAGGCAAAUUUUCCAUCCCUCAGCACCAGAGGGAUCGUUGAGCGGUUGCUGGGAUUCCUGGAGACAGGAAAAGCUUUUGUGACAGCGGAGGCAGUGAUCCAGAUUAAGGAUCUUCUGAGGCGCUAUCCCGCCAUUGCCGAAGCCUGCCUGGCCUCAGUCUCGUCCAUUGCUCCUGAGGAUGUGACAGAACCAGAGGGGCGCGCAGCUUUCAUUUGGAUCCUCGGAGAAUGCAACACGCUUGCACAGGAUGCGCCAUAUCUUCUGGAGCCUCUUGGCAGCAGCUUUGCGGACGAGCCGGUGCCUGUGAGGCUGGCGCUGCUGGCGGCUGUGGGCAAGCUCUUCUUCAAGCGCCCGCCCGAGUGCCAGCGCCUGUUGGGCACCGUGCUGGCUGCUGCCAUGAGCGACGCCAAUCAGGACGUCCAUGACAGAGCCCUGCUGUACUACAGGCUGCUGCAGCAGAGCGUGAGGGAGGCAGAGCGGGUGGUGGGCGCGCCUCUGCCAGCCAUCUCCCACUUUGCAGAGGAGCAGAGCCCCGAGCUGCGCGAUCGGAUCUUUGACGAGUUUAACUCCCUCGCCGUGGUGCUGAAAGCUCCGUCGGCCAAUUUU